AUGCACUCCAUGUAUUCGUCUAAGAAAGGCGAUCCUCUUUGCCCUCUGGGUUUUCAUCCGCAGGUUCGGUGGCCAACGCGUUGCAAACGAUGUUUCAGGGACUAUAAAGAGCAUGGCGGCAGAAGGAACAGCCUCGGAGACAUCACGUCUUCAUCCCCCAGUCUUUCUUCAGAUUCAACACGCGGAUCCGAGAGCAACAGAACAUGGUCUUCCGCUACGAAUUUGGCGAAAGACGAAAAUAAGAAUAAUAAUCAUUCGCAAUCGGCGGCGACGGCUGGAUGGACAUCCCUGAUGGAUCUCUCCGCUAUAGAUAAGAAUGCAGAAGACGCUUCCAAAUUAGAAAGUAAUAAAAACGUUAGAAGACCGGCAAAGCUUCAAAUAAGAAAUGUGAUAAGCAACAACAACAGCGGCGCUUCGGAAAACGACGUCGAAUUUAUUAUUCAGGUAAGGAAAUCACGACCAGCACCGCCAAAACAGGUGGUCCAGGACGGGCUGGAUAAUGUCACGGUAAAGAGAGAAGACAUCGAGGAGAAUGAGAUAGAAAAAUUAAGGUCUCAGUUAAACGAUAUGAGAGCGAGAUGCGAGAAGGCAGAGAAAGAAAAAAGCGAGAUAUUACUGCGCCGAUUGACGACUAUGGAAACAAUGUCGAACAAAACGUCGACAGGCGAAGUGGCAAAACUACAGAAGAAAAACGAAGCACUUGUACAAGAGAAAAAUGUAUUGCUGGCAAAGAUAAAAAGCUUGGAAAAAGAAACGACUGGUAAACCAUACAGGGGUGAAAGGGAUAAAACGCACGAUGAAUUACGUUCGAAACUGAAAGCCGCUGAAAACCUUUGCGAAAGCUUAAUGGACGAAAACGAGGAUAUGAAAAAGGAAAUUAGACAAUUAGAAGAAGAGAUCUAUGAAUUGCAAGAUAAUUUUAGGGACGAACAAGCAGACGAGUAUACUCGUUUACGAAAAAGUUUGGAGCAGUCGAACAAAAAUUGCCGAAUAUUGUCGUUCAAAUUGCGAAAAGUAGAGCGUAAAUCCGAAGAAUUAGAAAACGAGCGAUCUGCUUUAGAGAAGAAAUAUGAAGAGGUAAAGAAAACAGAAGAGAUUUUGCAGAAAGUGAGCAGCGCAUUCCAGGACAGAACGCAAAAGAAGCCAACAGAAUCCACAACAAAAUUGCAACUUAAAAAGAUGGUUGACGAAGUGGAAAAGGAAAUAGAGGACAUGCUGAGCAUCUUUACCAACAUUAAAAAUGGACACAAUGUAGAUAUACCGGAUGUAAAACCAAAAGAUAAUAAUAAUUUAAAAUACGAAAAACUUCUGAAAGAACAUGAACUGCUUAAAGAGAAACUCGAAUCUGCGGUGAAAGAACUAGCUAGCGAAAAAGAGAAGAAAAAAGUUCAACCAAAUGUAAAAGUAGAAGAUACCAAAAAUGUGGAUUUACAAAAUGUGAAGAGAAAGUUGGAUGAAGCACAUACUUUACGAGAAGCUGAAAGAAAAGCCUGGGAUAAAGAGAAACUGGCACUUUCGGAAGAAAAGGAGAAAUUGAAAUCUAAACUUCUGUCGCUAUCGGCCGAAAAACUAAAAAUUUAUAACGAGGUUGUACAACUAAAGAAAGAUCUCGAAACAGCUAAAUCGUCGGAAAAAGAUGCGGCAACGAUGGAGGUAACAAUAAAUGAAGUAAAAGAAAAACUUUUGCAAGAACAAGAAAAGUGUAAAAGACUACAGGAUGAUUUGUCAUCGUAUACUGAAAGAGAAUCGAAAAUGUCGCAAUCGAUAACAUCUGUUGAGCAGACAAAAGCCAAGCUCGAUGCUGAGGUGAAACGUUUGAAGAAGGAAUUAGAGAAUGCAAAGUCUACCACAUCAACGAAAAUCACGAAUCUAACUGCAGAGCUUACGGAACUUAAGCGAGAAAAAGAAAAAUUAACAUCACAACUUAAUAGUGAGAAAGAAACGAAGGAAGCCGAAGUAGCAGCACUCAAGAAGAAGAUAACUUCCUUAGAAAAGGCUGGGCAAAAUACAAAACGCAUGAACGAGAUGAAAGAAACUUAUAAUGAAAAAAUAUUAAAUCUCGAAAAUGAGAUAAAGAAACAUCAGCACGAGCAAGAGACACUUACCAAACAAUAUCAAGAGCUUACGAAUUCAAAGCUACAACUUGAAAGGGAGAAUGAAUCUCUGAAUAGCAAAUGCUCGGAGCAUAAGAAAGACUUGAAAAAUAUACAAACCAAACUUGAAGAGUUACGUAACUCGAUGAGAAUGAAAGAGAACGAGUGGCGAUUAGAGAAAUCUGCUCUUGAGGGCCAAAUUCGUGACAGCCAAUUGCCAAACAAAGUUAUCGUAGAAGAACUGAAUGACGAAAUUAAUACAUUGAAGAAAGAAAAUGCCACUUUACUGGAACGAUUGGAGGAUGUGAGAAAAGUGAAUGACGAUUUAUCUGCAAAACUGAAAGAUUAUCAAGCAGUUUCUAAGAUUCAUCAAGCGUUGACACCCGACACUACAGCAUUAGAAUCAGAAAUCCGGAAAUUAAAGAAUGCCUUGACAAAUACAGAAAAGGCCAAGAAAGCAGAUCUGGCGCAGUGUAAAAUGCGCUAUGAGCAUAGAAUUACAGCGAUCAACGACGAGAUACAGGCAAUCCAGAACCAAUUAUCACGAUACAAACGCGAACGUGACACUUACAAGCACAUGUUGGAAGGCGCGCAAAAAACUAUAGGCGAGCUGAAGUCCACGAGACAAGGUAGACUCUCUAAUGCAUCUUCGGGAAAAUCAGACGAAGAUGAAGAAUCAACGAAAGCCAACAUGUUAGUGUUAGAAAAACAAAUCAGUUGUAUGGAAGACGAACUUUCUGAAACAAGACUGGAAGCUUCCAGGCUGAAGGCUGAAUUGGUUUCGGAAAAAUCAGCUAGUCACGUCAAAGUUUCUGAACUGCAGUCCCGAAUUAACGAGAUGGAAGAGGAGCGAUUGCUCACUAGCGGACGUUCGAAGAUUCCAGGAUUGAAAGUGCGCAUGGAAUUGGCUUGGCAAAAAGAGAGAGAAGAACAUCAAAGGUUACUGCAAGAAACGGCAACGUUAGCGCGAGAUUUGCGACAAACGUUAUUCGAAAUAGAAAGAGAACGCAGCAAAGAGCGGCUUGAAAAUAAACGGAGACAAGAUCAGUUAAAGAAAGUGUUCGACGAGGAGAAGGAAGAAAAUAAGAAAAAAUUAUCGGAGUUGCAAUGCGACCUACUCGAGCUGCGAGACGCGCACGCGAAAUUAAGAACGAGCAACGAGAAAAUGAGACGUGAAAAAGAGCGGCACGAGAAGGAGAGGCAGGAACUCAAAGAAGUUAUAUUAAAUAAAUGUAAAUUGGAACAAACGGAAAUGCGGAACAUUAACAUCCUUAUGCAACAAGUACAGGAUCUGCUACAGCUGUUUCCUGAAUUAAAUACCGUAACGGAGAACGGAACGCCCGAUGUAUAUACGCCAACUCCGCCGAGGCGAUUGAAAGGACCAAAAUCGAGGGAGUCAUCGCCAAUGUUGGAAACAAAAAGCGACGUAAAAGCCGUAACUCCAAUACUCGGCGAAAGAACAGAAAAAUUAGAGUACACUAUUAAAAAAUUAAUGGGCGUGGCGAAAGAGCUUAAAGAUUCGAAGAAAACGUCGGAUGAAGCGAAUGCAAUGCGGUUGAAGAAAUUGGGAAAAAGAGCGACAUCAGUAGAAAGCGAUCCAGGGAAAGGAGUAGUAUUGAAUCGCGGUAAACCACGUUUGAAAAGAAAGAGUCUCUCUUUGGAACAAACGUCUCCUCGUCAAGAAUCUCCAGCUAUUUGGGGCACGGGCACGGACAGUAACUUGUCGAGCAUGCAAUCAUUAGAGGGAUCGGAAGUCGAGUCUCGUGGAACUAGUCGACAGAGAGAUUCCAGCGUAGACAGCCGCCUUUCCGGAGGAUCGACAAAGAGCGAAAUGUUAGAGCGGGACAAGAAAUAUGGCAAGGGGAUAAUACGAAAAUUAACACACAAGUUAACUAAAUCGUCCAGCGUCGAUGACCCGAACAUGACUGACUACUCACUUCAGACAUCUGGAUCUGAAACCAGCAUCAACGAAACUCUUAAAAUGGAAAAGAAGAAUCUAAAGAAGAAAUUAACAGCCAUGUUCAAAAGAGGUUCAAGAAGCAGUAGCGUAGAGAAAAAGACUGGAACCGGCAAUUCCAGCAGGCCUGCUUCGAGGAACUCCAUGACAUCGGAUUAAUAAUCCCACGUGUGCGAUCUUGAAGAGAUUUAAUAUACUUUGGCUCACAUGGGAUCACUUCCUUUGAGUGAAAAUAACAUUACAUUCGACAACGUUGUAAUAAAAAGGCAGACUGCUCAAAUUCGUAUUUAGGUAUUACACACCGGAAUGAUUUCGUUGAUAGAAAAAAAUAAUACAUACACGUGUAUUCUUGUAUGUCAAUAGCGUCCAAUCGAUUUACUUAAAUCCUUAAACCACGACAUGUGUAACGUCUUAAUGUCCAGAACAAGUAGUCCUCGUUUAAUACAUCCACUUUACGAAAAAAUGUUUUCACAAAUAAAAGAUGGCUCGUGCUUGAUCAUGAGUGUGUGUAAAAUAUACAUAUCCUUUGUACAAUGUACAAUUAUUGGAAAAUAUAAUGUAUAAAGUUUUA